AUGUCGGGUCUGUUGUCCAGAUUUGGUGCUCGGUUGGUGUUUUCAAAUAGAGCUAUCUCGAAGCACCUGAGUCCUAAAUCUUUCACUUUGCCCCAAGGCGUUAUAUGUUUCUCCACCGUCCAGAAAACACGUUACCAACCGUACAAUGGGGAACAGUCAUUCAAGGGAUUUGAAAAAACCGAUGAUAUUACUAAGCUAGAGCAGUUUUUGCGUAAACAAAGGCUUAAAGGCGCUUUGUAUAGCGCUAAGGAGAAUGCGAAGUUCACUGACCACUUUUGGGACAAUAUUAUAGAAGCUGGUGAUGUGCUUUUAGCUGAGCGAUACUUAAACAUGAGAGUCAGAUUAGGAAUACAUAUAGAUGCGGAAAAAGUUUUAAAGGAUAUGCGUGAGGCUAAUAUGCUUCCUACUACACGAAUUUUCGGCGUCUUCAUACAUCAAAGUUGUGCUGCUGGUGACAUGAAUCAAACAAACUCAUACUUGCGACUACUUCGCGAUGCUGGUCUGAGGCCGAAUUCAUAUAUAUUCUCUCAAAUUCUACAUGGUUAUGUUAAAGCAGGACUGCCUGAAGAAGUUUCUUCAACACAAGAAUUACUAUCCGAAAUAGGUUUAUGGCCAUCCAGAUAUGCAUAUGAAGGUCUUCUAUCUGCUUAUGCUGAUCUUGGAGAUAAACAAAGUUUACUACGAACUCUCGAUGAAGCUUACGCUGUACUUCCUUCACUUGUAAAUGCUGAUGAAAAACACUUUGGAAAAGAAAUUUCACCUACUUUUCUCAUGGAUCUUUAUACGAGAAUAAAUUGUUCACAACCAGAUUCAAAUGCAGCAUGCAUUGAGAUACUUGAAAAAUUGUCGCCAACGGAUGACUUUUUCCCGUAUGAUUUUGCCCAAGAUACUGUGAAAGUUCUCUUAGCCAAAGGACGUCCAGCUGCUGCUUUGGAAAUUUUCAAAAUUAUGCGCCCAGAAAAUGCAACUGACGGUUAUCUACAGUCACUUCCACAAUAUGCUGCUACUGGUGGUUUGAAUUCAGAAGCAUUGGAACCAUUUUGGGAUGCAGCCCGUUUAGACAAUAAACAAUUGAUGGUGCUCAAGAAUAAAUGUAAAUUAUAUUUCAACCGAAGUACUAGACCGCCUAGCGUACUGGCCAAUCAGUUUUCGAAAUACAUCGAAGAAAACAAUGCCGAAGCUGCUAUUGAUAUGUUAAAGAACCUGAAUAGAACUAACAGUCCAAUAUUGUAUGCAUUCAUGGUACCAAAAUUAAUGCGUUUAGGCUAUUCACUGACAGAUCUAAUUGAACGAGUUCAGAAUCCUGAAAUUAAUGGAGCUUUAGCCUUUGGAUAUGUACUGAAUUCAGUGUUAUCAAUUGAUUCUAAAGAAACCUAUAAAGAAGAUUUUAAAAAAUGUUUAUCCUUGGUAAAUGAAUGUCGUGCUAAAAAGCUUCUCCCCUACACUGAUUUCAUACGUGUUGGCAAUUAUCAAAUGGAGAAAUUGUUGUUAAACAUCCUGUCGUUAUCAGAUAUGUCAGAGAUAGAAGAAAUGAAAAAGUCGACUAUUAUGUUUGAAGUAUUUGGUAUAUUGAAUCAUGCUAUGACUAAACGUGAAUUCCAUUCACUUUUUGCACAAACAUUUGAAGCUUUGUUAAUAUCUAAACAUCGAUAUUUUAAUAAUGUACCAAAAAAUACAGUGAUUCAACUUGUCGCUGAUGUCUGUGCUCGUCAGAAUAUUGUUUUCGAUAAAACUGAUUGGUUAUUGUCUGCAAUGAGAAGUUCUGGUGUGUCAGAGGAGACUCUAAUACGGCUCACUGUUGAUUAUUCGACAAAUCGACUUCCCUUUGCAGAUCUAAACGCCCUGUUGUUCAGUGGACGAAUAGCAGGAAUUGGAAGUAAAUCAAAUGAAAAGUCAUCAACCACUGCUGGUCAAAUGAAAACACGUUACCAACCGUACAAUGGGGAACAGUCAUUCAAGGGACUUGAAAAAACCGAUGAUAUUACUAAGCUAGAGCAGUUUUUGCGUAAACAAAGGCUUAAAAGCGCUUUGUAUAGCGCCAAGGAGAAUGCGAAGUUCACUGACCACUUUUGGGACAGUAUUAUAGAAGCUGGUGAUGUGCUUUUAGCUGAGAGAUACUUGAACAUGAGAGUCAGAUUAGGAAUACAUAUAGAUGCGGAAAAAGUUUUAAAGGAUAUGCGUGAGGCUAAUAUGCUUCCUACUACACGAAUUUUCGGCGUCUUCAUACAUCAAAGUUGUGCUGUCGGUGACAUGAAUCAAACAAACUCAUACUUGCGACUACUUCGCGAUGCUGGUCUGAGGCCGAAUUCAUAUAUAUUCUCUCAAAUUCUACAUGGUUAUGUUAAAGCAGGACUGCCUGAAGAAGUUUCUUCAACACAAGAAUUACUAUCCGAAAUAGGUUUAUGGCCAUCCAGAUAUGCAUAUGAAGGUCUUCUAUCUGCUUAUGCUGAUCUUGGAGAUAAACAAAGUUUACUACGAACUCUCGAUGAAGCUUACGCUGUACUUCCUUCACUUGUAAAUGCUGAUGAAAAACACUUUGGAAAAGAAAUUUCACCUACUUUUCUCAUGGAUCUUUAUACGAGAAUAAGUUGUUCACAACCAGAUUCAAAUGCAGCAUGCAUUGAGAUACUUGAAAAAUUGUCGCCAACGGAUGACUUUUUCCCGUAUGAUUUUGCCCAAGAUACUGUGAAAGUUCUCUUAGCCAAAGGACGUCCAGCUGCUGCUUUGGAAAUUUUCAAAAUUAUGCGCCCAGAAAAUGCAACUGACGGUUAUCUACAGUCACUUCCACAAUAUGCUGCUACUGGUGGUUUGAAUUCAGAAGCUUUGGAACCAUUUUGGGAUGCAGCCCGUUUAGACAAUAAACAAUUGAUGGUGCUCAAGAAUAAAUGUAAAUUAUAUUUCAGCCGAAGUACUAGACCGCCUAGCGUAUUGGCCAAUCAGUUUUCGAAAUACAUCGAAGAAAACAAUGCCGAAGCUGCUAUUGAUAUGUUAAAGAACCUAAAUAGAACUAACAGUCCAAUAUUGUAUGCAUUCAUGGUACCAAAAUUAAUGCGUUUAGGCUAUUCACUGACAGAUCUAAUUGAACGAGUUCAGAAUCCUGAAAUUAAUGGAGCUUUAGCCUUUGGAUAUGUACUGAACUCAGUGUUAUCGAUUGAUUCUAAAGAAACCUAUAAAGAAGAUUUAAAGAAAUGUUUAUCCUUGGUAAAUGAAUGUCGUGCUAAAAAGCUUCUCCCCUACACUGAUUUCAUACGUGUUGGCAAUUAUCAAAUGGAGAAAUUGUUGUUAAAUAUCCUGUCGUUAUCAGAUAUGUCAGAGAUAGAAGAAAUGAAAAAGUCGACUGUUAUGUUUGAAGUAUUCGGUAUAUUGAAUCAUGCUAUGACUAAACGUGAAUUCCAUUCACUUUUUGCACAAAUAUUUGAAGCUUUGUUAAUAUCGAAACAUCGACAUUUUAAUAAUGUACCAAAAAAUACAGUGAUUCAACUUGUCGCUGAUGUUUGUGCUCGUCAGAAUAUUGUUUUCGAUAAGACCGACUGGUUGUUGUCUGCAAUGAGAAGUUCUGGUGUGUCAGAGGAAACGCUAAUACGACUGACUGUUGAUUAUUCGACAAAUCGACUUCCCUUUGCAGAUCUAAACGCCCUGUUGUUCAGUGGACGAAUAGCAGGAAUUGGAAGUAAAUCAAAUGAAAAGUCAUCAACCACUGCUGGUCAAAUGAGUGUAUCACCCAAAGAAUCAAUAUUGAGUGUUGCUCAGUCAUUAGUAAGAUUGCAAAAGGAAAAUCCCAGUGAAUAUGAGAAUAAACUCAGUUCCAUUGAAAAUUCUUGGGGCGUACAAAAGAAAUUAAUUCUCAUAUUGAAUCUUGUGAAUCUCGGCGCUGAAGAUCUUGUUGAACGUACCAUUCAAUAUCUACCUGAAAAUCAGUGUGAGAUGUCAGAACCAUUGAAACGCUUUGCGCAUAUUAUACGUGUAUGUUCUGCUAGUGAUGCCAAUAAGACAAAAGCGCCAGAAAGUGUAAAGGAAACGAUUACAAGUCUGACGGGUCUUCCAUCUGAGGAUUUAUUCAAUACCCUAAGAGGUCCACAUAUGGAUACUCUCUUCAGAUGUUGGCCAGUUGAUCAUAUUUCAGACUUGAUUGGUAUGGUAAAGAAAGUUUCAGAGUUUGGCCUGAACUCUGUCAGUUUACAACUUGCUGGUGUUCUUGUCAAUCGAGGGCUGGCUGAUCAAGUCUCUGCUUUACUUGGGAAAAAUACAACCAUACCAUUUACAUUUUUGGUUGGUAGUCCUCGACAUCCACUGACAGAAUCUGCUUUUCAUUCAACUAUGGAAUAUAUGAAGACUAUUGAUCCAAAACACAUUCCAGGCUUUGUUGACUAUACUCUUCGUAAUGCAGCUCUUUCAAAUAAUGAAGACAACCUUCACCAAUUAAUACGUACAGCUGUAUCACCAGCCUAUAAUGUUGACUUGUCAGCGAUUUGUAUCCUACCCACGCUUCAAAUUAUCUGUAACCGGUUGGAAGAAAGUAAAAAUCUGCCCGCUGAUGUCUUACAGGCGACAAGAUCAAUUGUUGAAAAGUUUGAAUCCUCUAAACAAAAAGUAUCGAAAUAA